AAGCAGUCUCUUUUCCAAUUUUAUCAGUUGCAGUCAAUCAAACUUAGUUUACGUUUUCCCUAGUGUAAAUCUUCAACUUGCUCUUCUUUCUUUUAUUUCUAUCCCUUUCACUGUUAACCGGCCAACCCAAGGCCUGCAUUAAACAGAUCUUCCAGUUUUCAUCCCACUUGAUCCAAUUGUUUAUUGGAAAAGAAUCAAUUUUGGUUUUUGUUUCUUUCUUACAGUAAUUUUAUCAAGGAAUCCUGGUUCAGUCAAUUUGGUACAAUUUUAUUAUCGGGAUUACAUGUUUAAGCAUCUUCUCUGAAGUUGCAAUUGGCGCAUGAAUGCACCUCAUUUCUUUUCAAUAUUUCACUCGAGGAACUGAAUUUUGACCAUAUGGGGUGCCUAGCAUCAACACAAAAGAACUCUGGCGGAAAUGGAAGGUGGCCAAGAAAGGUUGGGGAGGUUGCUGUUUUUGUUCCUGGGAUGAGGAUCCCUAAACCAGUUGACUUCACUCAGCCAUUUGGUGAUGGUUUAUCCAGGGAUUUGGUUGAAAGGCUGUCUGCUCUUAGAACUCGUAUUGUAGUCAUGGCAGGCCAAGAAGCACCCAGGGCUACAAAACCAAGAAGAACGGCAACACAGCAUGGAGGAUCGACAAUGGCUGAUCUUCAGCAGGCUCUUGAAGAUUACCUGCCAGUCCUGUUGGGGCUAGCGGAAAAUGGAAACCAGCUAAAACAUGAGUUGCAAUUCUCCUGGCUAAAUCAGGAGGACACUGCAGAGGAGACCACCAUGUCAAACUCCUGGUAUGAGGUACUAUCAGUUUUGCACUUGAUGGCCAUGUUAUCAUUAUCACAGGCCAAUUUAUUGCUUCUUCCUAUAACAUCUAAUGAUGGUCAUCUGUCAAAAUUAUCAGAAGAAAGGAGACGAGCUUGUAUUGAUAUUUUCUUGAAGGCAGCAGGAUAUUUGAAUUUCUCUAUCCAGCACGUUCUCCCUCAGUUUCCUCCAGAACUCAGGAAAGAUUUACCACUAGAUCUUGCAGAGGGAGUGCUUCAGGCCCUUUGCUUGCAAGCACUUGGCCAGGGUGUUGAUGUUCAGCUUGGAAUGGCAAUUGAUAGUGUCAAGGCCACAAUGGCCGUCAAAAGAAGGCUUGCAUGUGAGAUGGUAAAGUACUGGCAUCAGGCUCAAGAAAACAUUGAAGGUCUUCCACUAACAAAUGGAUGGGGAGAGAAGCAUAAACUUUUUAUUCAGUGGAAAUAUGCUGAAGCCAAGGCAGCUGCAUACUAUUAUCAUGGUUCAAUCCUUGAUGAGAGGAACACAGAGACAUGUAAAGAAACUGCUAUAGCUGCUCAGCAAGCGGCAGAAGUGUUGUGUAAAGAAAGCAACAAGGCCUGUGAAUCCUUCCAUAUAACCCCUCCGGUUUCACGAAAUCCAACCCUAUGGGGAACUAGCAAGUUUCUCUCUGAGAAGAUUCCAAGAGAUAAAUCGAGUAAGAUGCAAAGCAAUGAGGAUCCUUACAAUAAUGAAAUGAUUCUGCAAACUGCACCUGCAUUGCCAGAUUUCGCUUUGUCCCUAAAGCCUGAUGAAUACCAACUUCCUCUGGUGGAUCCUUCUUGGAAUGAUCACAUACAAAGUUAACAUAAACUUCCCUUCUGGUGAGGUUCUAAUGAUUGUAAAAUAAUGAGCUUAUCUUAUUGACAGAAGAGAUGAUCAUCUAACACAUUAAGGGAACAACUCAAGCAGGUGCACAUGAUCCAUGUAUUGUAUUUUUAGUCUCUACGUUUUAGUGAAAUAAAGACAACUUUUGCUAGUGCCUUAAUAGCACAAAUGCACAUUGUACGAAUUCCAGUUCCUUCUGUUAGUACGCAUAUAAAAAGUCAUAUGAAAUUUCACUUGA